UAAAAUACUUAAAUUAAUACAAGAUGGCAUUCCUAAAUCAACAGAAUGAUCUACAGACCAAUUUCUACACACAAUUGGCACAUAAUUCACUGCAGACAGUCGCUACAUCUAAUUCGAUCCUCGGUCAUAUUAAGUCAGUACAUGAUCUUUCCACUCAAAUUAUUUAGCAAUGAUUUUGAUUCAAUUAUCUUUGAGCAGGACGCAACUGCGGAAAUCAUGAUAACGACACUUGGUAAAAUUCCAAAUGAAAUGUAUUAUUUGGAAGAUACAACUGCUGGUAAGAAAAUUGGCGCUUACAGCACCGAGUCGCGCACAAUACUGGAUCACAGUCAUACCACCCUGGCUUCGAUCGAAACCGUCAAAUCUGACGAAUACUCUGAACGUUCGACAUUGCUAAUCAUUUUGCUGACCACCCUCCUAAUUAUAUUAUUCAUGUGUUGCAUCACAGCGUGUAUAAUCGCGAGAUCCAGGAGCAGACACUCUUUCCUCGCGAAGAGCGACGUCGAGUGCAGUCCGGAUUGCGGGGGUGUAAACCAGCCUCUGCUGGACAAGGCUUCCGACACGACCACCAGAACUAGCUCGACGAGAAACUGAGGAGGGCCCAUCUUUACGUCAAGCGUCUUGAACAUUCCUCAACUUCAUUGAAGAACUCGACAAAGUACCUCGCUGAAGUAACCUCAAAAUUGUCACACAAAUUGUCGCGAGAUAUCUAUGCACGAAAGCGAGGAACGUAUCCCUACGUCCGAUAGAGAGACGAAAUCAGAAGGAAGGAGAAAAGGAAGGAGGAGAUGCGGAUGAGAAAUAAACAAUCUUGUGACAAGAGGUGGCUUACCAGGU